AUGGGAUUUUUGUAUCAGGUGCUUAAGGAUGUCAGCGAGAAACAGCCGUACGAAACAGGUAAGAAAUUCAUAGAUACAUUAAUUAGUGAUCAUUUAGAGCCUAAUUUGAAUCUAGGUCACGAUGGUUUUUGCAAGGCGUUUCCCACAUUAAGCCUGAACGUCGACAGGUACAAUAAGCAAGUGAAGUCGUCGAAUGAAAGCAUUAAGAAUAAAAUACAGACUUUCAGUAAAGAAAUGCAGCAACUUAACAAAACGGUAAGUGAAAUACAAAAUGAUAAUGCUCUUGCAGAUGACGCCAAGCAAAUUGGACUGAACGAGGAGUUAGUUAAGAAGAGCCUGGCAGAUUGUCAGCGGAAAGCUGAAAACUUCACUAAUGACUUAGAUGUCAAAAAUAGUCACAAUAGCAACAAGGACGCCAUUAAUGAUUUUAACGAAAAGUUGCGUGACAAAAUUGUGAGUGUCCAUCAGACGCUGGUUCACGAAAAAAAUCGGCUGAGCGAGUUGGCGAAAAAGGAGGAAGAGAAGUUGGCGGCUACGAAAACGAAAAUUACGGAGGCGCUCGAUGGCGUCAAAAGUAAGGUUAACGAGCACAUUUGCAAGGAAGUAAAUACUCUUGUCACGCACUUCACGAAAAAAAUUCAGGCCAUUUUGCAGAAGCUCAACGAUAUCAAUAGUAAGCUGAAGUCAUACAUCAGUGAGCUGGACAGGUGGAUUAGAGAAGCGCAGAGUUCUGUCAUUACUGUCCAAGGGCAUGUGGAUAUCAUACUGAAAGAGUUUGAUAAGGAGGAUAAGAGCAUUAAACCGGAGAAAAUUAUAAAGGACGCACAUGAUUUGCGAUUCCAGGGAGACAACCUAUUGGCCCUUGCAAGCCAGGCCAAGAGGGAAGUUGACGAGACUGUUAAAAAGGCACUUGAGGCUGUAAUAAAGAUGGACGGGGAACUGAAGGAGGAUUUGUUUGGUGUGAGGGAGGCGAUUAAGCAAGCACUCGGUCAGGUUAAUGAGAAAAUUAAGCAUCUCGCCGAGACGUUCACGGAGAUUCAUGACCCAUCCAAUAGAAACAUAAAAGGAAUUUUCGAGCAUAUUAGAAAUAAGGUUAUUAACACUAGAGGUUCCAGCCGACAAAAAACAGGCUUACAAGGCAUUUUAGACCAAGUGAGAAAUCAUAUAAAGGGGUUCUGGACAACAUUUGACGGCAAGCUUGAAGAGUGGAUAACGGACAUACUGCAGAAGCAACCGGUGAAAGGGUAUUUGAAGGAUUACGUUACGGGUGCUAACAGCGGUAAAUUUAAGGACGGCUAUGAGACCAUGGAUGACAAUGAAGUUAAUGGCAAACUUAACAAAGAAUUAUCGCAUCACAUUUUAUGGCAGCUUAAGCGUGAAGUAAUUCCAAAAGCCAACAAUUCUUUUCCAUCUUCGCAAAAUAAGAACGUAGUUGAUGAUUUGCGUGACGUCACAACGCUUUGUACAAAUCUAGCUGAAGAGCUGGAUAAACAACUGAAGUCCGAUAUACUCAUAAAAGCCAAUAGCAUUAUCUCUAGUAUAUACAGGGCAGUUGAAGGCGAAGUCAAAAAAAACCCUGAACCCCCAAACAGUUUAAAUCUCAUAAAUGCUCUUCAUUCGCUGUUCCCCGCGUUAGCCGCUAAAACUCGGCAAGUCGCCGCGGAACUUCAAUCGCUGACUAACGACAAACAGCUGCGUACUUAUAAUAUCGGUAAAAACAUAAAUGAUGCCUUGUCAGCUGCUAAUAUAAUCUUUGAAGAUCUUCAAAAGGCGGUUGGGCGAAAUAGCGGUGGACUCAGCAAUACCGAUCACGCUGACAACUUAGACAGGGCCAUCGGCCAGGUGACGAGGACGCUGGAAAAGCAGUUGCCGGUAACUCUUGAGAAUAAAGUAAACCUACAAACGACAGAUUCAACCAUUUUCCAAAAAUAUAAACAGCAAGUAUCACAAGGUGAUACCUUGGCAACCGCGGCGAAAGACCCCAAUGCCCUAACAGGCACCCUCCCCGCUGCGAUCAAAAAAAUAAAAAACCAGCUAUACGAGGCAACGUUAAAAAUGAUCGAACCGAAUGCGCAACCCGGUGAAGGUGCGGAGAAGCAGAUUACUCAACAAACUUUCGACGAUUUGUUCAACGCAAUUAAGCAAAACAUCGAUGACCUGUGCACGACCAUCAGAGAGGUUGGAGGUAACGCCCGAGACAACCUAAGACUUUUGAAGGAUACGUAUUUUAGCGAAACAUCAAAUCUCAGAGGUAGUAUAUACAAAAUCAAGCAAGAUCUCACCGAUCUGCAGAAGAGUUUGGAGACUGGUCUGAUUAAAACUACCACGGAUGUCUUGAACGGCAUGAUUCCAACUCGAGACGCCACCAUCACGUUGCUUGACAACCAUGUUCAACAGGAGGUCAAGAUCGCUAGGAACGCUCUAAACAUCCACGCGCAGAAGCAGUACAUCGAGUCACUAAAAGAGCUGCUGACGGCAUUCUCUCUAAAGGUCGAAAAGGAACUCGAACCUUUGCCGAGAGACAUUGCACGUGACUUAACCCUUGGUUUCAAAGGUUUUAUGACGACAUUCGAAAGGGAUUUCAUUACUAACGAAAAGUCAAUUCGAGGUAUUAGAGACAUGAACCCUAAGUUCACACCUCAAAAGGAGUCCCUGCUAAGCCAGGCUGCUUCCAAAUUCUUCGGUAGCGUCAACAGAUUUCUGCAUGAUUUGCAUAAACAGCAGGACUUCACGACGGACUUUGAGAAAAUUCAGCCAACGCGCGAGGCGCUAGCUAAGUUGUUUGGAGACCUUGUCGAUUCACAUCACUUCGACCACACAUUCAGUAUCAAUCUAGACGCCCUUGAUAAUGCAGUCACUGCCUUCAAGCCCGCUACCUACGGCGAUGCUAAGUGCCCCUUACUCCUCAAUGCUCUGAAAGCAGGCUUCACCCCUCUCGUCGAGGAGCUCAAGAAGGCAUACGUGAGCAGUUACUCCGGGAGACAAUUGCAAGAGGAGGAACUAGGACACUACGCCAAAAUCUGUUGGACCAUCACGCCCAUCUUAUAUCAAGAAUUGACCGCCUUCAAAGAUCACCUUGAUAUUGAUGGUUGGACCACCCAUAAAAUCUAUGACGCCCAAACACCCACCUCCAGCCUCCACGCUCUCUUCUUCCGCGACAACGGGUAUGACGUCCAUCGUCCUGAGAACGCUGAGCAUGGCGAACUGAAUCACAGACAAGACUUCAAUGGUAGCAGCAUUCUCAAACACCUAACCAAUCCACAUGAACUGUUCAGUCAACGGUCAUCUCCCGUCACCGGCAUCCCUCAAUCGACAUCCGGGUCGGACGAGCUAGGUGUAACCAUCGCGGAGGAGUGUGGUCUCAUCCAAAAACUCUAUGAUUUCCUGCAGACGUACUUCAAAGUCUGCCACCUUACCCGUAUUGACAAACCCCGGGCUCCAUGCUCCGUUUACGAAAUUCUCGUCUGGUGCAACGGCCUGCAGUUCAACCCCGUAUACGAGAAGCUCAAGGCGCAAGUUAGGUCUGAGUUCAUGAAGGAGGACAAGGAAAGGCCGGGUACUCAAACGCUGCAGCCCUUCGAAGCGCACCCGUCUGAUUUUGAACACACGCAUAUCGACGAAUCGCUCUACAAGGUCUCAUCCGACUCCCACGCCGUCCUCACCGCUAUCCUAGGGCACGGUCACAGGGACGGAAUUUACGCCUGUGAGUUCUCCAACAACUCGCUGAAAUUAGAUUACCCAACCAGCAUGAUACUGUUGCUUUGCACGUUGUUCGACCUGCUCAAGCGCCUCUACCACCAGCUGUACUUCCUGCUGCAGCAGUGUCAACUUACAACUCAGCUUAGCGGCUGGAGGGACUGCCACUACGGCAGGGGCAUCGGUGGGUCGGGCUGGCAGUGCAACACAAAGCAAUGCGCUAAGCAAGACUGCGACCAAAGGCAUGACCAAAGUGGUAACCAAACGGGUGAGCAAUUUCCCAACUGCGGCGUCAAGUCGCCACUGCAAUCGUUCUUGGAGGACGGUUUGAAGGGCCACCUGCCGCAUUCGGUGACAGCUAGGGGAUCCAGUCUGUCAUGUGGCACUUGUGGUAAUUCACCUGGUAUGCCGUGCAGAACUCCAAUGGGCUUCGCUGACAUCGGUGCCAUCGCGUCGCAUACGAUGAUUGGCCGGAAUAUAUGCGAGGUGCUUGAGUAUUUCUGUGGGAGUGCGAAAUCGCCUCUCACUAGACUGUGCGGUUACCUCAACUGCCUUUUGCCUAGUGCGCCGAAAACGCUGGCGGACAUGUUCAGCUUCUACUAUCACCUCACCGAUCGCUGGGGUAUGCAUGGCAAUGAUCAUAAACAACUGGCAUUUACAGAGAAAGUCACCGCUGCCAAUUUCGGGCGUCAGUAUAAUGAUUUGAAAGUCUACCACUUAUUUACCCCUAGCCACUCAGCAUUGAAGAAGGGCCACUCCGAUGGCAGCCUGGGCAGUCUCGUAUGCUUAUCAAAGGACUCCGUCGUAUGCGGUCCUUAUCUGCGUCCCAUCACUCACGCCAUCUACGAGACUUUCUCGUCAGAACACGCCGAUAAAUAUUUGUCGUGGAUUGUCUACCUGACGGCGACGUUCUACGAUCUGCUUAAGAAAUUGUACGAUGAGUGCAAUUCCAAAUGCGGUGCCAGGGGAUCGAAUUGCCAUGAAAAGGCGUGCAUCAAGGAAUGUAGAACUACAUCCACCACGUAUCAACCGCCACGAUAUCACGAUCCCAAAUGCAAAUCCAUUGUACAGUGCAAUGCUACGCUGCCGACAUUGGCAAAAUACGGCUUUGUUCUCGGCAAUGCAGAGAAGCUGAACGGAAGUGAACGACCGCAAACGAAACGCACGUGCAGAGAUUUCUGUGAUGUAUUUGCGGAGGCAUUUGAGAAGGACUCACAUCUUGUGCAACUCUUCAAAGCCAUUGAUAAUUUCAUUUUCACCAUCAGGCAGCCGUUCAUCUGGCUUAACGUGGCACUCUGGUCACUAUCCCUGUUCUACCUAAUCUGCGUAAUGGUUGGCAGACUGGAUGUGCUCCACAUACGCUCACACCUGAGGAUACCGUCAUCGCACAAGAUAACGGCGCAAUCACUGUUGGCUGCAGCGCAAGUCGGAAGGCUUGCCAAGAUAUCGUAUCUACAACCGUAA